UUCAGGCCAAAAUAGUUGCCAUAAAAUCAGAGUGUCUUGCUUCGAAAAUGAUCUUAAAAUGAAAGAAAACACGCCCAUGAUAAGUUAAUUUCUUCACCUGCGGGUGUCUUUGAUUCAUCUUUCUGAAUCAUUUUAAGGUUUCUGGAGCAUCUCGGUGUCCGCAGCUGAAGACAAGCUGUCUCUCUGGUCUAAACGGGGCCCAUUAACGUGCCAUCGGGGAUCAAACAGACACCUAUUAUCCAGACAGCCAUUAACAGGUGAGCAGCACAUCAAAGCCACGCGUUUGCAAAGCCUGAUCGCGUCUGUGAUGUGCAAGAGGAUGCCACGCAGGGGGUCGUGUUGUGUCUGCAGAACACGGCUAUAAAAUCCCUCUGACAUCAUGCCUGCUCACCGGAGAGGCGUCUGGGACUCAGUCACGGAAACUUAUUCCCCCUCUUAACUGCGUGCUUCGGAUACAAUGGCGUGCGGGUUGGAUUUUACCAGUGGUGAUGUUUCUGAGAUCAUCACGUUUUUCUCGGAGCAGUUGUGGCCUGAUGCACUGACUGACAGAAACAACAACGGGUCGGCACAGAGCUCCAGCACGGUGCACCAUGUUCCAUACACUAUCAACUCCAAGACAAAGUGCCGCCGGAAGCGCACAAUAUUCAGCAAGGCGCAGCUGAGCCAGCUGGAGAGCGCCUUCUCUGCUACACCCUACCCGGAUAUCAAUGGGAGGAAAACCCUGGCCUCUCUAACUGGACUACCGGAGUCUAAAAUUCAGGUUUGGUUUCAAAAUCGGCGCGCACGCUUCUUUAAGACCAAGAAAUCAACUCGAGGAGCCGCCAAACCCCCACAGGUCAGGCACAAGACACCGUGCAGUCCUCAGGUGGCUUCUCCUCUACCUCCUAGUCCCAGCCUUGCGUCUCCAACAGGCUACUGUGUGCCCAGUCUACCUCAGUCCACCAGGCUCUCGUCAAUCCUGGACAUCCAGGCCAAGUCACCAGGCGUUCCCCAAAUCAUUUGCCACCAAUCCCAGGACGUCACCAGCUACUGCCAAAACAUGUUUCCAUACGGUGGACUGGAUGAGUUGGAUUUACCAGAGGACUUUGAAGCUUUUCUCAAUGCACGGGGGGUACAGCCAGCAGAACGUAGCCAUCCUGUCCACAAGGAAGACAUCCAGAGUCGGCAAGGCCUCCAGGCUCUCUCCAGCUCUAUAGAGACCCUGGACGACCUGUCGGAUCUGUGCUUCCAGGACCUGAUGGUUCCCACUCUGCCCAACUUGGACAGCUCAAUGAUUGACUAUCUUUUGGCAUGACUGACAAAACGGAGAGCAACAUAUUGAAGAUCACGACAUGAAUGGGUCCACGUGCAACAACACGUCCGUUUGUGUAACAGCCACGAGCCAGCCUGCAGCAGGAAGUCUGCUACAUCAGUGUAUCCGUUCUCACACCCAUACGUCCACGCUGUGUCGCCAGUUGCAGUGGUGGCCUCCACUAGUGUACCCAUUCAGUGAUGUCGCGGUCUUUCAAAGUGUUGCGCUUCCAUUUUUGGACAAAGGCGCCGAGUUUACCUUGGGGAGGUGGUGACGGUGACUUAUGCUAUUCGUUAUCUAUUUAAGAAACACCAGUAUGAUGCACAUCAGAUGAUUUCACAAUGUCCUUUUUGCUUAGUUUUUUGUUUUUGCACAUAGUUUGUUUAUAUUUUGGAUGGGGUUGCAAAGAUAACGUUUAGCACUUGACUGAAAGCUGUCCUUGCUGAGUUGGCUUCAGCGGAGUCCGGGGGGGGCGGGAAAAGCAAAU